CAGCUUUGUUCUUCCCUCAUUUCCUGUGGUAACAAAAGCAAGGGCCCUGUGGAGCGUGCUGGCAGUGUGCUUCCUGUACCCAGAAACAGCCCGCCCUAGGGAGGGACUAGCACAACUUUCAUGAUAAGGCCACCAUAGGCUGACUUCUGAAGGAAGGAACUGAGCAGCACAAGGCCAGCCCGGGCCAGGGUAACAGGUGUUCCACUGCCACCUGCAGCUGCAGCCCUUUGCAGGCUAGAAGCAGCUGCAGUCAUGGCGGGGAUGAAGACAGCCUCCGGAGACUAUAUCGACUCUUCCUGGGAGCUGAGGGUGUUUGUGGGCGAGGAAGACCCUGAGGCGCAGUCUGUCACGCUCCGAGUCACAGGGGAGUCCCACAUUGGUGGGGUGCUUCUGAAGAUCGUGGAGGAGAUCAAUCGCAAGCAGGACUGGUCUGACCAUGCCAUUUGGUGGGAGCAGAAGAAACAGUGGCUGCUACAGACACACUGGACACUGGACAAGUACGGGAUCCUGGCAGAUGCCCGCCUCUUCUUUGGGCCACAGCACCGACCUGUGAUCCUGCGACUGCCCAAUAGGCGGGUGCUGCGCCUCCGUGCCAGCUUCUCCAAGCCCCUCUUCCAGACUGUGGCUGCCAUCUGCCGCCUCCUCAGUAUCAGGCACCCAGAGGAGCUCUCUCUGCUGCGCGCUCCAGAAAAGAAGGAGAAGAAGAAGAAAGAGAAGGAGCCUGAGGAAGAGGUGCAUGACCUGACAAGGGUUGUUCUAGCCGGCGGUGUGGCCCCCACCUUAUUCCGAGGCAUGCCAGCACACUUCUCGGACAGCGCCCAGACCGAGGCCUGUUACCACAUGCUGAGCCGGCCACAGCCAGCACCUGACCCUCUCCUGCUCCAGCGCCUGCCGAGGCCCAGCUCCCUGCUUGACAAGACCCAACUCCACAGCAGGUGGCUGGAUUCAUCUCGGUGCCUCAUGCAGCAAGGUAUCAAGGCUGGGGACGUGCUUUGGCUGCGAUUUAAGUACUACAGCUUUUUCGACCUGGACCCCAAGACAGACCCGGUACGGCUGACCCAGCUGUAUGAGCAGGCACGCUGGGAUUUACUGACAGAGGAAAUCGACUGUACUGAGGAGGAGAUGAUGGUGUUUGCUGCCCUACAGUACCACAUCAACAAAGUGACUCUGAGUGGGGAUGUGGGUGAGCUGGCCUCUGGGGACCCGGGGCUGGAUGACCUGGAUGCAGCCUUGAACAACCUGGAGGUGAAGCUGAAGGGGUCAGCACCCUCAGACAUGCUGGAUAGCCUCACCACCAUCCCAGAACUCAAGGACCAUCUCCGAAUCUUCCGGCCCCGGAAGCUGACCCUGAAGGGCUACCGCCAGCACUGGGUGAUAUUCAAGGACACCACACUGUCCUACUAUAAGAGCCAAGAUGAAGCACCGGGGGACCCUAUCCAGCAGCUCAACCUCAAGGGCUGUGAAGUGGUCCCUGAUGUCAAUGUCUCUGGCCAGAAGUUCUGCAUCAAACUCCUGGUACCCUCACCAGAGGGCAUGAGUGAGAUCUACUUGCGAUGCCAGGAUGAACAGCAGUAUGCACAGUGGAUGGCUGCCUGCCGGCUGGCCUCCAAGGGCCGCACCAUGGCGGACAGCAGCUAUGCCAGCGAGGUGCAGGCCAUUCUGGCCUUCCUCAGCCUGCAGCGGGCAGGCGGUACCAACGGAGGCUCAGGGAACAAACCUCAAGGUCUUGAAGCCUCUGCUGAGGGCCUUAACCCCUACGGCCUUGUGGCUCCCCGAUUCCAGCGAAAGUUCAAGGCCAAGCAGCUCACCCCCCGGAUCCUGGAAGCUCACCAGAAUGUGGCCCAACUCUCGCUGACCGAGGCCCAGCUGCGCUUCAUCCAGGCCUGGCAAUCCCUGCCUGAUUUUGGCAUCUCCUAUGUGAUAGUCAGGUUCAAGGGUAGCAGGAAGGAUGAGAUUCUGGGCAUCGCCAACAACCGACUGAUCCGAAUUGAUCUGGCCGUGGGUGACGUGGUCAAGACCUGGCGCUUCAGCAACAUGCGGCAAUGGAACGUCAACUGGGACAUACGGCAGGUAGGCCAGGGAGGGCAGGGGCAGGUAACCAGCUCAGACCCAACCAGGGCAGGGCAGAGGCUGCUGCUUGCUGCCCCACCCCGCUGGACCUGUGACAACCCACUUGCAGGUGGCCAUCGAGUUCGAUGAACACAUCAAUGUGGCCUUCAGCUGUGUGUCUGCUAGCUGCCGCAUCGUGCACGAGUACAUCGGGGGCUACAUUUUCCUGUCCACUCGAGAGCGGGCCCGAGGGGAGGAGCUGGACGAGGAUCUGUUCCUACAGCUUACUGGAGGGCAUGAGGCCUUCUAAAGACAGCCCCUGCUCUACCCACACCCUCCAGGGACCCUCCCAUGGCCACGCCCACCUGAACUCUCCCAGCAUGCACCCUGCUGGGCACCCUCACUUGUCCUCAGGUAGGCCAGGGCCCUCACUGGGGUAGAUGCUACCACCACCCAGCCUAGGGCCGAUGGGCCCUGAGCCACACGAAGCCCCUCCUCUUGCCCUAUUGGCACAAGCUCACACCCCUGACCUAUAUGUAGUCUCUAAGCACAUGAUGAAUGCCAAAUAUGGAUAAGGAACAGGAAAUCCUGGUUUGAAGCUGGACUUUCUUUUUGUGUCUGUUUCAGGUUUUUUAAAUAAAUAAAUAUUUUAUUAUUGGA